AUGAGGACCGUGGGGCUGAGCCUGGGGAUGGUCCUGGUGUGCUUGCUCCGUGUGCAGGCUGAGGACCUGGGCACUGCGGAGCCGGAUGAGAGCAAGAUUGCAGGCAGUGGAUCCACUGCUAUGGCCUCUGACUCCAAGAGUUACCUCCAAAAUAAGGACCAACUGAAGAUGGCAAUGGCCAACAUUGAGGUCCUGGGGGAUGGUGACCUGAAGGUCUCCUUUGCAAUUCCCACUCCUGGGAGAUGUAUGAAGUUUUAAUCGAUCUACAAGCCAACAGGCAGCCUGGGUGAAUAGUACAGCUCUGACAGAGGCAAUAAGACAGUGCGGCUGGUGGAUACUGACGGCAGCUCCUACAUGGUUGUCUUUGCCACCAGAGAGAAAGAGGGGAAGACCUUGCACAUGCUGAGACUUUACAGCAGAACCCAGUGGGUGAGACUCAAAAUCAAGUUGCUGUUCAAGAGACUUGCCAAGCUGAAUGGCUUCACUGACAAGACAAUCUGGAUUUUGUCCAGGCAGGAGGAAUGCAGACUUGGUGAACCGUAGGUGAGUUGCCGCAGUGCAAAAUGGUGUUUGCAAUGUUCCCUCCUGGAUUGACCUUCUUGGUGCCCCCAAGACAAGGGCCACCAAGAACUCUUUGAAUUCCUCUGGAGUUGAGCUGUUUGAGCUGGUGCUGGAGCUUGCACACAGGUAGGACCAUUCCUUUGGAUACUGCUCUACAGCAGGGACCCCCAGGUAGAGGUACCCAAGGACUCCCAAGGAACAGUGUCCAGAGACCCCCAGUGGAAAGUGCCUGGCACUGGAUAUUCCUUAGGGCUUCCUGGGUUUAGGCACCUAAAGCAAUGGUCACAUCCUGCAGCAAGGAGCUUCAUUCACCUCUGCUCUCCCUUUUGCUUGUCAUGCUGAUUCCAUCUUCAACUGCUCAGCCAGGGGCCGUGGGAGCAUACCAGGGCUGGUAGGGACCAGGCUGGUGCAGUGGGGAUCAGCCCAGACACUAGGGUCCCAAAAACUGAUGGGAGAGAGCAGAAGGGUGUUGGGGCAAAGGAAGUGCUCUGACAGCCUUUGAUGGCUGAGGAGCAGUUUGAGACCAGCAACUGAUGGCUGCUGGUGAUGCAAAAUCAUCUCCUCGAUUCAUGCUCCUUAUGCUGUUCUAGAUCUUAAAUCUUUGACAAGCCUUCUUGUCCUCCCAGCCUCCCCUCUCACCCUUCUCUCCUUCCCCAGGCCAUGUCCCUGCUGGGGCUGCAUGGCCAGACCUGGACCUCCACCUCCAGGCAAAGGUGGGGGUACGACUGAGAUUUACAUGGAGCCUUGUCCUUUUCUCUGAUCUUCUAAUAUCUCCUCAUGCUGCCCCCUCUGGCACUCACUGCAUGUGGAUGAGAUGUUUUACCUGAUAUCUGUCAGUCAGAACAGUGACCCCUCUGGGUAACUUUCUUCCCUUUCUCUUAGCCACUCUUGGGUGACCAAGCACUGGGACAGGCUGCCCCAAGAGGUUCUGGAGUCAACUCUGGAGGAGCUCAAAAUCUGUCUGGACACAAUCCUGAGUGACUGCUCUGGGGGACUCUGCUUGAGAAAGGAGGUUGGACUGGAUGAUCUUCCGGCCUGAAUUAUUCUGUGAUUUAUCUUAGUGAGAUCUUCUUCCCUAACCUAUGCCAGCUUGUCACCUGCAAGCUUUGAUAGACUUGCCAGGUGACAUGGGGAUGUCCAACACCUAUGUCUUGUUGACUCCUCCACAGAGGUGUAUUUCUGAGGUGUGAUUUUUCCUGCACAAGAGUUGCAUUCAGUCUGUCCUGUGUCAUAGUUUGCCAAGACAUCAACCAAAUCCGGCAUUUAUUGCAUCUUUUGUGAGUAUCUUCUACACUGUGAGGGGACCUACUUAUCUGUUGUCCCUCUGACCACCUCUGCAGAGCCUGCCACAUUCUCUUCUCAUCGUCUGGUGAAAACUAGAAGGCACCAAAGGGAGUGACAGAACUUCAGAAGUGUUUGCGGAGGAGAUUGUCCAUUCUGAGGAUCCACCAAAGCUCCUUCUUGGCCAAAGUGGAUGCAGGGUUUCUUCACUUUUCUUUGAAUUUAACCAGCUACUUUCAAAUAUUUUCUAGUAUAAAUUCCUGCCACCAGAGCCUUUGAAGAAAGUGCAGCUGUCAUUUCUCAAAGCAGAGGAGCAAGGCGCCAGAUGCUGGUGUCUUUGUUGUUUGUCUUACAUUGUUGUCUUCAGCUGUCUUCAAUAAGUUAAAGAAUGUUUAUGCGAUUUUUAAUCAGAUUCUUUAAAUUGAUGCAAUCAUGCUGGGUUCCAUUUAGACGUUCCAAUGUUGUUUAGGGCUUGUAUUUGCUAAUAUCAGCUUAAGCACUCAGAGGAAAGCUAAGCUGGUCUUUCCAGACAAUCUCUGUGCCAUAUGUGAUAGUUAAUCCUCUUGACUUUUAAUUUUUUCUCUUUUUAAAAAUAAAAUGUGACUGUAUGGGAUCAUC